GACUCUGGACCAGGGUGGCUGCAGGAAAAGCGCAGGACUGCGGACCCCCACCGGGGCCGGGAGCAGUAGAGAGGGCCGACUCCCGCCUCCUAGAGGCGCCAGCCCGCCCGUCCGCUCUGCCCGCGCCACGUCUCUAUGGCGGCCCCAAAGGCCCUCCGGGGUAAGGAGCGCGAUGAGCGAGGGCGCGGACGACGACGGCGGCGCUGGGGCCGCGGCGCGGUCUCGAGGGGGCAGUCCCCGAGGGGAUGGCUUCGCCCCGUCUGCGCUGGGCACCCGAGAGCAUUGGGAUGCUGUCUAUGAGAGAGAACUGCAAACUUUCCAAGAAUAUGGAGAUACAGGAGAAAUCUGGUUUGGAGAAGAGAGUAUGACUCGACUAAUAAGGUGGAUGCAGAAACACAAGAUUCCAUUGGAUGCUUCAGUGCUUGAUAUUGGAACUGGAAAUGGUGUUUUCCUGGUUGAACUUGCAAAAUUUGGUUUCUCUAAUAUUACUGGAAUUGAUUACUCUCCCUCUGCAAUACAGCUUUCUGGAAAUAUUAUAGAGAAAGAAGGUUUAUCUAACAUUAAGUUGAAGGUAGAAGACUUUUUGAAUCCUUCCACAAAACUGUCUGGAUUUCAUAUUUGUAUUGACAAAGGGACUUUUGAUGCCAUAAGCCUUAAUCCUGACAAUGCAAUUGAAAAGAGGAAGCAAUAUGUGAAAUCUCUCUCCAGGGUGUUGAAAGUGAAAGGCUUUUUUCUAAUAACCUCAUGUAAUUGGACCAAGGAAGAGUUGCUAAAUGAAUUCAGUGAAGGAUUUGAACUUUUUGAAGAGCUGCGGACACCCAGGUUCAGCUUUGGAGGCAGAUCUGGAAACAGUGUAGCAGCAUUGGUUUUCCAAAAAACCUUACUUUACUCAGAGCUCUUCCAUCCAGUGAGUUGCAAGCGUGACAUUUGCUGUGUUUUCAGCACCUGCCAACUUGGAAACCAGGGUUUGUGCUCAGGACUUAGGCUUACAACCCACACUUUGUGGUGCACAAUGCCGUCCCAGCUGGCAUGCUUCUUACCUCAAUGGUGCUAGACGUUCGGUUACAAAGCUGUGCAGAUUCACAUGCGCUGAUUUCAAUAGGCAUUCCCCUUCAAGCUGCUUUCAACUCUCAUUUUG